AUGUCUCUCCAACCCUUCUUUGAAUUGCACCCCUUCCAAGACGUCUUUUCUGACUUUUUGAGUUAUUCUCCUCGUGUCCAACGCCAAAACCGUGUUGGUGAUUUGUCACCGGCCAUUGAUGUUCAUGAAGGCAAAGAUACCGUCGAGGUGGAUGUAGAACUGCCUGGUGUCAAAAAGCAAGAUGUACAGGUUCAUUACGAUGAAGGAAAAUUGACGAUUUCUGGUGAAUCUGUAAACGAACGCAAGAGCGAAAGCGACAAAGGAAACCAAAGAUGGUCGGAACGUCGCUUUGGUUCCUUCUCUCGAACAAUCACCAUUCCAAACAGGGUGGACGCCGACCGCAUUGAAGCUCAAUUUAACCACGGUAUUCUAAGCAUUGUCUUGCCAAAGAUUGAAGAAUCUCGCUCGAAAAGACAAAUUGCCAUUAAUUGA